UAAUUAGUGAGCCCGAGAUUGCCUCAUCAGGUGCGAAGUGUGUGCUUUAGUGUCGUGGUAGGCCUGGCUUCGCAGAGAGGGAGGGGAAAGGUUGUAACCACUCCUUUGAGGGGGAUCACCGAAGUCACCGUCGUGGGUUUGCACAGUCGGACGGGCGGCGCCAUGGCGGAAAGAAAAAGAACAACCAAAGUGGACUUCUUGAAGAAGAUUGAGAAAGAAGUCCAAGAAAAAUGGGAUGCCAAGAAAGUGUUUGAGGUCAAUGCAUCUAAUUUAGAGAAACAGACUAGCAAGGACAAGUACUUUGUAACCUUCCCAUAUCCAUAUAUGAAUGGGCGCCUUCACUUGGGACAUACAUUUUCUUUAUCCAAAUGUGAGUUUGCAGUAGGGUACCAGAGAUUGAAAGGAAAAACUUGUCUAUUUCCCUUUGGUUUACACUGUACUGGAAUGCCUGUUAAGGCAUGUGCUGAUAAAUUGAAAAGAGAAAUAGAGCUUUAUGGUUGCCCCCCUGAUUUUCCAGAUGAGGAAGAGGAAGAAGAAAUCAGUAUUAAAACAGAAGAUAUAAUAAUUAAGGAUAAAGCUAAAGGAAAAAAGAGUAAAGCUACUGCUAAAGCUGGAUCUUCUAAAUACCAGUGGGACAUUAUGAAAUCCCUUGGUCUGUCUGAUGAAGAGGUAGUUAAAUUUUCUGAAGCAGAAUAUUGGCUUGACUAUUUCCCACCACUGGCUGUUCAGGAUCUGAAGAGAAUGGGUUUGAAGGUAGACUGGCGUCGUUCCUUCAUCACCACUGAUGUUAAUCCUUACUAUGACUCAUUUGUCAGGUGGCAGUUUUUAACAUUAAGAGAAAGAAGCAAAAUUAAAUUUGGGAAGCGGUAUACCAUUUAUUCUCCAAAAGAUGGACAGCCUUGUAUGGAUCAUGACAGACAAACUGGAGAGGGUGUUGGACCUCAGGAAUAUACUUUAAUCAAGUUGAAAGUGCUUGAGCCAUACCCAUCCAAAUUAAGUGGCUUGAAAGGGAAAAAUAUCUUCUUGGUAGCUGCUACUCUCAGACCUGAGACCAUGUUUGGACAGACAAACUGUUGGGUUUGCCCUCAUAUGAAGUACAUUGGAUUUGAGACAGUGAAUGGAGAUAUAUUCAUCUGCACCCAAAGAGCCGCAAGGAAUAUGUCAUACCAGGGCUUUACCAAGGACAACGGAGUGGUGCCUGUUGUUAAAGAGUUAAUGGGAGAGGAUAUUCUUGGUGCGUCACUUUCUGCGCCUUUAACAUCCUAUAAGGUGAUCUAUGUUCUCCCAAUGCUCACCAUCAAGGAGGAUAAAGGUACUGGUGUGGUCACAAGUGUUCCUUCUGACUCCCCUGAUGAUUUUGCUGCCUUCAGAGACUUGAAGAAAAAGCAAGCUUUACGAGCAAAAUAUGGAAUUAGAGAUGACAUGGUCUUGCCAUUUGAGCCUGUGCCAGUCAUUGAAAUUCCAGGUUGUGGACAGCUUUCUGCUGUAACCAUGUGUGAUGAGUUGAAAGUUCAGAGCCAGAAUGACCGAGAAAAACUUGCAGAAGCAAAGGAGAAAUUAUACCUAAGAGGCUUUUAUGAUGGUGUAAUGUUGGUGGAUGGAUUUAAGGGACAGAAGGUCCAAGAUGUAAAGAAGACUAUUAAAAACAAGAUGAUUGACACUGGAGAUGCAUAUAUUUACAUGGAACCAGAGAAACAAGUUAUGUCCAGGUCUUCAGAUGAAUGCGUCGUGGCCCUGUGUGACCAGUGGUACUUGGAUUAUGGAGAAGAGAACUGGAAAAAACAGACAUCCCAGUGCUUGAAGAACCUGGAAACGUUCUGUGAGGAGACCAGGAGGAAUUUUGAAGCUACCUUAGAUUGGCUGCAAGAGCAUGCUUGCUCAAGAACUUACGGCUUAGGUACUCGUCUGCCGUGGGAUGAGCAGUGGCUGAUUGAAUCACUCUCUGACUCCACUAUUUACAUGGCAUUUUACACAGUUGCACAUCUGUUGCAGGGAGGUAACUUGCGUGGACAGACAGAGUCUCCACUGGGCAUCAGACCACAGCAGAUGACCAAGGAAGUUUGGGAUUAUGUUUUCUUCAAGGAGGCUCCAUUUCCUAAAACUCAGAUUCCAAAGGAAAAAUUAGAUCAGUUAAAGCAGGAAUUUGAGUUCUGGUAUCCUGUGGAUCUUCGAGCCUCUGGCAAGGAUCUUAUUCCAAAUCAUCUUUCAUAUUUCCUUUAUAAUCAUGUGGCUAUGUGGCCAGAAGAAAGUGAUAAAUGGCCUGUAGCUGUGAGAGCAAAUGGACAUCUCCUCCUCAACUCUGAGAAGAUGUCAAAAUCCACAGGCAACUUCCUCACUUUGACCCAAGCGCUUGACAAAUAUUCAGCCGAUGGAAUGCGCUUGGCUCUAGCUGAUGCUGGUGACACUGUUGAAGAUGCUAACUUUGUGGAAACCAUGGCAGAUGCAGGUAUUCUCCGUCUGUACACCUGGGUGGAAUGGGUGAAAGAAAUGGUUGCCAACUGGGAUAGCCUAAGAAGUGGUCCUGCCAACACCUUCAAUGAUAGAGUUUUCGCCAGUGAAAUGAAUGCAGGCAUUAUAAAAACAGAUCAAAACUAUGAAAAGAUGAUGUUUAAAGAAGCUUUGAAAACAGGGUUUUUUGAGUUUCAGGCUGCGAAAGAUAAGUACCGUGAAUUGGCCAUAGAAGGGAUGCACCGAGACCUCGUGUUCCGGUUUAUUGAAGUUCAGACACUUCUCUUGGCUCCAUUCUGUCCUCAUUUGUGUGAGCACAUCUGGACACUCCUGGGAAAGCCCGACUCAGUUAUGAAUGCUUCAUGGCCUCUGGCAGGUCCUGUGGAUGAAAGCUUGAUACGCUCCUCACAGUAUCUCAUGGAAGUAGCACACGACCUUAGAUUGCGACUCAAGAACUAUAUGAUACCAGCUAAAGGGAAGAAGACUGACAAGCAGCUCCCUCAGAAACCUUCACAUUGCACCAUCUAUGUGGCGAAGAACUAUCCGUCUUGGCAACAUGUCACCCUGUCAGUUCUGCGUCAUCACUUUGAGACCAACAGUGGAAAAUUGCCUGAUAACAAGGUCAUUGCUAGUGAACUAGUCAAUUUGCCAGAAUUGAAGAAAUACAUGAAGAAAGUGAUGCCAUUUGUCGCCAUGAUUAAGGAAAAUCUGGAGAAGAUGGGACCUCGUGUUCUGGAUUUGCAAUUAGAAUUUGACGAACAGGCAGUGCUCAUGGAGAAUAUAGUCUAUCUGACCAAUUCCCUUGAGCUAGAACACAUAGAAGUCAAGUUUGCCUCUGAAGCAGAAGAUAAAGUCAGGGAAGAUUGCUGUCCUGGGAAACCACUUAAUGUUUUUAGAACAGAACCUGGUGUAUCAGUUUCCCUAGUGAAUUCUCAGCCAUUCAAUGGCCACUUCUCAACCAAAAUUGAAAUCAGGCAAGGAGAUAACCGUGAUUCUAUAAUCCGGCGUUUAAUGAAGGUGGACCGAGGAAUCAAAGACCUUUCCAAAGUGAAACUGAUGAGAUUUGAUGAUCCACUGUUGGGGCCUCGGCGAGUUCCCGUCCUGGGAAAAGAGCACGCUGAGAAGACCCCCAUUUCUGAGCAUGCUGUUUUCCACGUGGACCUCACGAGCAAGAAAAUUCAUCUUACUGAAAAUGGGCUAUGGGCAGAUAUUGGUGAUACAAUGAUCUAUCUGGUUCAUUAAAUUCAGGCACAUUGGAGAUUUAUCCUGGUUUCUGGGGAUAUUACUACUAUGAUUGUGCCUAUAGAUGGGCUAUGAGAAUCUUAGGCUGGACCUAAAUAGAUUUCAUUUCUAACCAUCAAAUUCUGCAUGUACUUGUAAAUACACCAAGUUUUCUUGGAUUGCUGGACCUAAUAAAUUUUUUUUCCUUAUUGAGGCCUCGAA